AUGGCACGUUGUGGAUUGUUGGCAUGGCAUCGAGGCGUUCUCGCCGUCUUGGUCCCACAUGCAGUCGCGAGGGCGGAAAGUCUGCUGGCACAGAAGUCCGUCCGCAGCGUUCAAGAAUGGCAAGAUAGCCUCGCCGACGAGACGGCAGCAUUGCGGGAUGUCUCGUCAGAUGUUUGUUGGCAGGCCGGUUUCACAAAGGAAAAAUGCUGUCGUGGGGAUGCAUCGACGGCACCUGAGUGUUGGGAUGGAAGUUACAGCUUUGGUGAGUGCUGCCCCAAUGCCGACUGCUGGGUCGGGGAGUUUUCGUAUGACUUCUGCUGCGGAGCCAAGUACGGGCCUGGGGGUAACACGGCCUGCUGGGCUGGCUCCUUCACUCAUCAGCUUUGCUGCUUGGCCAAUGCGACGUCGAACAGUUGGGCAGAUGUUCUUGCAUCACAAGUUGAAACGGAGCAGUUUUACAAGAUGGACGACUUCUACACUGAUGCGCAAUAUGGAGAUGAGUGGGGCUAUUAUUCGAAGGGGCAUGUACUUCUGGGCGGAGGCAAAGCUGGCCAAGGAGACACACAGGGCACACAGCAGUUUGCCCAUUUCACUACCUAUCCCAUGGCGCUCUCGCCACACUUUGCAAGAGUCUUCUGCCGCUUGCUCUUCGUGAUGUGGGUUCAGCUUAACGAGCGUGCCCCGUUCCGCGUUGUGGAGAUGGGCGCAGGUUCCGGUCAGCUGGCCUACGAUACACAGCAGUGUGUGCGAACAAAUGCCCUGGGGCUGGCGCCCGCUGUGUGGCGUCGCUGGACUGCGGCUUUCGAGUAUACCAUAAUGGAAAGGUCUCCUGCACUUCGCAAACGGCAGCAAUCUCGGGGACUUCGGUCCGUGUCUGGAGAUGCGCAGAGCACGGCCAGUUGCAAGUCGGUGUUAGCAGCACUGGCAGCGUCAACUGCGUGCCAAGGCGCAGAGGGCUUGGAUGCCCCAGAAUGCGAGGCGAGAGAUCGCGGCACGGCAGAAGCGGGUGCUUCUGUGGUACUUUCCAACGAGCUGCUGGAUGCCUUUGCGCCGGUAAAGCUUCGGUUUGGUCUUUAUGGAAAACCGAAUAUCACCGACUGUGGUUCCUGGCAGGAAGUACGAGUAGUGCACACAAUACCGGAGGACAGGCUGCACCAGCUUUUGAUGGUCAUGGGCUUCUCGGAGGCAUGGACCGAAGGAACGAUUCAACAAGUGCGCAGCUACACUGAGAGCACAUUCUGCGCUAUGGCCAACACAUCCAUCGGCCGUGAGGCUCAGGAGAAGGUAGCUGUAAACACGUCGUGUCUGGCCAUUGCCUUCAGCUUGAGUGAGUUGGUGAAUCACUUGGAUCUUGGAAUCCCUUUCGCAUCGCACAAUAUGCGGAUGCGGAUAAGGAAGGACUCAAAACUAUCGGAUCGACUCCGCGCAGUCACCAGUCGUCUGGACAGUGAGCUGCGAAGUUCUGUGGCCAUGCCUCGGGACAUUUAUCGCCAGGUGCGCCACCAGCUGCGUGAUUUGCCGGAUGUGGAGGCUGAGUUCCUGCAUGCGACGCAGACCCACCUGCUCCCGGUUUCGUUGUCGGAGGAGCGCUGCGAUGAGCUUGCGUGGUGGUUUGAUGCCCAUGAGCCACGCAUAGCACGACUGGCCUUGUUCUACAGAAAGCUGGGCUAUCCGGCUGUCCACGUCGUCGUGCGGCCAGGGGAGGACAACUUCAUCGACUUGGUAGACUGUCUCCUGGGCCCUACUGGCGGCUACAAGCUUAGUCUCGACUACGGUGCCAACUUCGAGGGAUUGGUCCACAGCCUCAGCGUCGAUGGAGACAAUGAUGGUAUCUUCGUGCCACCGAUCCCGCAUGAACUCAUGGCAGGCUUGCCAGAAUGCCAUAACUUUUGGCCGAAGUGUGCUGGGCGCAUUGACUGGACCACUUUUGUGGACUUCACGAACUUGGCAGCUGCCGGUGAGAGGCGCGGAUGGCGGACGUUGUUCUACGGUCCCCAGAACCUCCUGGAACAGUUCAGCAGAUUGAACUUGACUCUGCACGUCCAUCAGCAGCACCGGUUUCUGUUUGAGAUGCUCAGCAGCACGCUCGCGCAACUGAGGGCAGGUCGUACUCUGUUCCCGGCUAUGCCGUGUUGCAAGAUGAUUGGAUCUCUCGUCACAUAA